AUGACUGAUAGUGAACAUGAAGAGACACCAACUAGGACUUUGCACGAUUAUCUCCAUCCCACACGCACAUCUACACUGUCAUGCAUCAUAUUUCCACCUAAUAUGCCACAUAUCGACCUUAAACCGGGAAUGAUCCAACUUCUUCCCACCUUUCACGGUCUUGAAAAUGAAAACUCAUACGUGCAUAUUAAGGAAUUUGAAGAGGUUGUUGCGAUUUUUCACAAUCAACGUGGUACAAUGGAUGCAGUGAGGCUUAAUCUUUUCCCAUUCUCUCUUAAAGAAAGAGCAAAAAGUUGGCUAUAUUCAUUAAGACCACGCUUAAUUGGGAGUUGGGCUGAAAUGACUCAAGCAUUCUUUGAUCUGGAUGAGGCUAUAGACUACCUAGAUGACUUAGCUGAAAAGGCCCAUACCUGGACUGGACCUAGUGCCACUGAGAGUACUAAUAGGUCACGACCCACUGGAAACUUGAAUAGUACUGGUAUUUAUCAUCUUAAGGAGGAAGAUGACCUUAGAGCCAAGGUAGAUGCCCUCACUAAAGAACUCAAAAUUUUACGUGCUAGAGGCUCAAAGCUUGCACAAAAUGCAUCCCAUGUUGAAUCAUUAGGACCGUGUUUUGUUUGUGGUGGAACUGAUCAUCCAGCUUAA